AUUUAACCUCGGUAUCGCCCGGAUUGGCCUUGUUUUGUUGGCGGCACCUAUUGAAGAUGAUAGAUAAGCAAGCCCUCUCAAGUCUCAACAAUUGAUUCCUCAUAAACAAUCCCCAGGACGAUGAAGAGUCGUACAUCCAACGGACUUACGUCUGACAACGUAAAUCGCCAUCCGGGCAGAAUUAAAUACGAAAAGCCGUCCUGUUCACCCGGAUCAAAGAUUUGGAUCUGAUGAGACCUCGUUACAAUCUAAACCCCCCCCCCGAUUUACAUUUUACAGGCGGCGCUGUGCUUUCACAGCUGCGGACCCUGAGCUGAAUCCUGCAGACCGGCCAUGAACGCAUGGCGCAGUUCGGUGCAGCAAACCAUAAAGAUUGACUGGGGGUCCGAUUCCCGAUCCUCUUCUCUGCAGACAGCCUCCGGAGAGCGAAUGCUCGGAACACAACGGUCUCUCCAGGUGCUAGCCCUAAAAGUCACGGCGGCAGAUAAGAUACUGUCGUGCCUGCGGCGGACACCUCAUUCAGGAGACGGGGACGACAACAAUGAGACAAUGGCAUUUAUUACUCUCUUGGCCUUGAGAGCAUGGCCAGAGACGCUGCACUGGCUGCGUCCCCCUGCUGCCUCAUGGGCGAUUCCAGCUGCAGGCUCGUGUGAGAUUUUAGAACCGUUCGCAUAAUAGUGUGGAU